CAAAGGAAGAAGAGGGUGAAGUCUUUAGACGAUUCUUUUUCUUUCUUAACGGCUAUUUCCUCUGCCCAUUAUUUUUUUAUUUGAUUAUUUGUUUUGAUCUUUGAAAGAUUAGAGGCUAUGGAGAUUGAUAACAGCAAUGACAUUUCUCAUCGGUGAAUAGCAUAGCCCUGUUCUUAAUUUAGCUCGAUCCAUACAAGUUAAAGAUCUUACAUUGCUAGCAUUGAACAUCAGAGUCAGAAAUUUGCAGUGCAUUGGAAAACCUUACUUCACCAAUUGCAUUGAGAAAUGUGGGACUGGAGAGAAGAAGAUUUUGCUCUUCAGAAAGAUUCAGAGCUCGUCCCUGAAUGCCUAUGGAAUGACAUGAACCAAAAUGAAAAUAGUUUGUUGCACACAUUGGGGGAACACACUCCUACUAGUAAUACUGGAAAUUUUGGCUACGAGUCGCAUUCCGGAGAUAAGACUGAUAAAGGGUUGGAAGAACCUAGAGGAUCGCAAUUUAAAAGGAGGCGAAUGUUGCAAUAUCCUCCUGAAGUUAACGACACCCACAUCGGCGACGAGCAAGCCUUCGUCCCCUAUGAAAAUUCUAAGGAAUUCGAGAACUCUUUGCUGGCAGAUGAAAUGCUAGAAUGUUUAGAGUGGAACCCCGAGUGGAACUCAACUUUCUCAGAUGAUAGGUGUACUUUUGCCAACGAAAGCCUGGAUCAGUCUUCAGAAGGAUGGCUCGCCAAUUGCUUAUCCGAUACUGAUACACAUCGUAGUUCUGGUGAAAUGUCUUCGUGUAUGAAUGACUCUUUCAUUUCCAAUGAUCAGGUCGAAGUUUCAGAGUCCGUCAAGAUACCUUCUGGAACGAAAAGUUUCAAUGUUAAAGAGCAACCUAACUCCUCAAUUUGCAAAAUCUAUAGAGGUAGAAAAUCUGUUAUGAACACUCCAACGAAGUUAACUACCACAGUCGCCUACCCAUUUACCCUCAUUAAACCAUACAAAGAUCAAGGAGAUGUCACAUUGAAGGAUAUAAAUCAGAGAAUUCAUACUCCACCAAAAUCGAAGGACAAGGAGAAGGAAGAUCCUUCUCCUUCUUAUCCCACUUCAGCGUUUUCCGGUAAACCUGUUGUGGUGAAGACUAAAAUUCGAACAGAAGGGGGGAAAGGAAGUAUAACAAUUAUGAGAACCAAAGGUUGAGUAUAUAGGUCUGUUUUCUUCUAUUGUUGUUGUUUGAAUGAAACUUUAACGCGAUACAUAGUCUAAAAUUUUGUUAUCAGAUUAGUUGGAUCCCUGUUUUUAGAUUGGAUCCUUUUGCUCUCAGACUUGCUGUAUGUUUUGAAGUAUUGAUUUUCUGUAUCCAAUAGAUACUUUGAAUAAAAUGUAGCUUUGAAUGAUUAA